GAUCAGUUGAUCUCUAGGCAGGCUUACACCAUUUGUGAAUAUGUAUUAGGGCGUUCAGUUCAAUUCAGACUUUGCAACACGAUUAAUAUCAAAUGAAAAUUUUGACAUGUUUACCAAAAUAGCUGAGUUAUAACUGAAUAACUGAGAAUGUGAAAGUAUAGUGCAUGCUAAAGAGGUUUGCUUUCCUAUGCUUAUCUUAUUCCUUGCGUAUUUCAGAGGCAGCCGUGUUUUGUAGUCCGCGCUGUGUGUGCGAUUUAUUUUCAAUGGAAAAUUCAGCAAAAUGCACCAGUGAAAAAAAAUACGCGGAUUUGUAAAUUUUUUUUCUUUACAGCGAGCGAAUAGACGAAAUUGCAAUUACCUGCGUGCCGUUAUUUUUAAAGAGUUUGUACUGAAAAAUAAAGGUUUUACAACAGUUCUGCAACGUCUGCAACAAUUAUAUUGGUAAUAAAAAACAUUUGCAGUUGGGUUCAUAAAUUUAAUGAUUUAUUUGACGCUUUUGAAGACUUUUAAAACCUGACAGAUAUCAUUGUUAUCGCUUUUAUUAAAUUUUUCAAGCAUAUUUUCUAAUUUCACAAUUAUUUCUUGUCAUUGCUUGAAUCGUUACUUGAAUUAGCUGGAAGAAAUCUAUAAGCUUCUUCAAACGUAUAACUCACAAUUAGCUGAGGGACCAUAGGCCCACCUCUUUCUAAAUAUCCGAACUCCUUUGAGUGAAAAUUAAAUUCACAAUUAUAUACUCUGCUGCAAUGGACGUGAUGAUCAGCUACAGUCACGAGGACACUGACCUGAUGAGACUCCUGAAGGACACCCUGAAGCAGAGGGGGCUGAGUGUGUGGGUGGAUGAAGACGGUCUGAAUGCGGGGGUGGACUUCCUCUCCAAAAUAGGACAGGCAGUUGUCGAGUGUCACACCUUUCUCUCUAUUGUUACUGAGAGCUCAAUCCAGUCCAAGUACUGCAAGGACGAAGUGAACUUGGCGUAUGUGUCUAAGCGACCUCUCUUUGCUUUCUCACUAGAACCGAAGCAAGAGUGCUACAAAUCCAUGGACUUCGGACAUAAACUCAUCUUCUCGGGUGUCAGAUUCACGACAGCUGGAGACGACAAAACAGACACGGGUCUGCUGAAAAAAGCAGAGCAGCUGACGGACUCUAUCAAAUUCCUCCUAAAAGAGUUGAACCUUUUCGAAGAAAAAGAAGAAGCAACAUCCAACUCGACCAUAUCCUCCGCGCCCUCCAAUAGAAACUGGCGCACCCUUGAGAAGUUUCGGAGGCAGAAGAGUGUGCAUGACGAUGGAGGGAGGGAGGUGAUGUUCGACAUUUCAGCCCCCCUUUUCUGGAAUGACUUGAUGGGGGAGCAAAAGGAGGAGGCAUCAUGGGAUCUAUUCCAGGAACAAUUCAAGUUCAAGUUUAAGAAGCACCUGGACAAGUUCUGCACCGGAGACAAGGACACUGAUUGGUUCCUGCAGGUGCUGCAAGGAGAGCUGAUCGAUGCUUCUAAUCCUGACAAUCCGACUGUCACUAAGGAGAAGUUUCUCAGUUUCUGUGCAAGUGGACAACAGUUAUUUCACCGCCAUCAUGAUGAAGAGGACCAGCGGGUGUGGUUCUCCAUGUCCAGUUACGUAGCAGAGUACUCAGCCAUCAGUGAGGUGUUCUCUCUCCAGUCCACUGUCAGACUAGACGCCAUCAACAAACUCAAGGAGUACAACAGCAGGGCGGCCCAGGAGACGCUAAUGGACCUGACUAGAGAUAGGGACCCCAAUGUGAGGGCAACAGCUGCCGUCACCCUCGCAAAAGUAGUCGAAGAGGGGGACAGCAGAGUGGCAGACAGGUUGGCUGCUCUGUUGAAAGACAAAGACAGAUUAGUACGAGAGAGUUCCUGUGUCGCACUUGGUCGUAUUAAGAGUGUUGAGAAGGUGGGUGACCUGGUGCGAGUGUGGAGGAAUGACGUCAUCAGCACAGUCAGAGAGGCCGCCCAGUUAGCCCUAGAACACAUCGACUCCGAGGAGGCCAGGGAGGCCAUACACAUCACGAAGAUACUGGCAGACGAACUCAAGUUACUCACUGCUUCAUGAAGAGACCGAAUAUGCACAUGGAAAACAACACAAAAAACAUAAAAUGAAGCUACCCUCUUAAACUUUGCCACAACUUUUUGUAAACAACGCAAAAAACAUAAAAUGAAACUACCCUCUUAAAUUUUACAACACCAUUUUGUAUUCGAGAUAUGCUGGUUAUGUUCCAAUCAACAGGGAGAAAGACUUGCACCUCUU